AUGGAUACUAAUUUUCAGUAUCAAAACCCUAACCCUAACCCUAAUCAAGAAAUUAUCAACCAGCCGUUUGAUGAUUAUUACACGUUUGAAGAUGGCUUUGGAGAAGAUAUUUUCUUGAAAAAUACGGUCAUCCCGGCUGAAAACAUCGUCAAUGAAUCUUCGAAUUCAAGUCGAUUGGCCAAUAACAUGCAACAUAGAUCAAGAGAGAAGAAAUACAAGUCACAAAGCGAGUGUAGGUUCGUGUUUAGAACCAAAUCAAAUAUGGAAAUCAUGGACGAUGGAUUUAAAUGGAGAAAAUAUGGGAAAAAGGUGAUCAAGAACAGCCCGAAUCCGAGGAACUAUUUUAAAUGCUCAGAUGGUGGAUGCAAUGUGAAGAAAAGGGUAGAAAGGGAUAGGGAUGACUCAAGAUAUGUGAUAACAACCUAUGAAGGAGUGCACAACCAUGAAUGCCCAAAUUGUGUGGUCUAUUGCAAUAACCAAAUGCCUACUCAUGAAUGGAAUUUACACCAACCUUCAUCUCUCUCUUUCUCUUCUGCUUCUGAACCAUAA